GACGCGGCGUAGGCACCCGGCGUGGCUCGUGCCUCCGUUCCCCGCCCUUCUGGCCUCUGCGUUCCGUCUCGGUGGCAAGCCCAAGGCUGCAGCAGGUUCUCCGGCGCUCCUGCAGCAACCGAGCCGCUCUUGCUAGGACCGUCUAAUAUGGAUUCUGAAGCAAUGAGUACCUGUGAAAAGGCCAGGGUGGAACCUACAUCUGUUGUGAGUGCAGACAGACUGAGCAGUCUACCUACAGAGAUAAAGGGCAAGAUCCUCUCCCGUUUGAAGGUCGAAGAAGCGGUUAGGACCAGCAUCUUAUCAACUACUUGGAGGGAUGCAUGGGCUAAUAUGCCAGGAAUAUAUCUGCACGAAGGAAAUUUUGCACGAACCAAGUUCAUUAUGUUGGUCGAUAUGGUGCUAGCACUCUACAAGGGAACCAUAGAACAGUUUGGUAUAUUAUCAGGUAAAAGAAGUUACCAUGAUGAAUUCGCUAGGUGGAUGCUCAUGCUGUCAAGGAGAUCCCCAAGAUCAGUUAUAAUCGAGUUGAACUCAGGGCCAAGGUAUAGGAUUCCCUCAUGCCUCUUUUCUAUCGACGGUCUGAUGUCUCUGCGCCUGAAAAACUGCAUUAUCAGCUUGCCCCGGGUAUUCCAAGGUUUCAAGAGACUAACUGUCCUCUUCCUGAAAAGGUUCUCCUCCACAGACAGGGAUAUCCAAAAUCUGCUCUCCUUUUGCCCUGAACUGACUAAUUUGAGAUCAAGUUCUUUUGAGGGCAUCAACUGUCUAAAUAUUCAAGCUCCUAAACUUGAAUCUCUUCAUGUUGAUGGGGACUUCGAAGAAAUUAAUUUGGAUGCCUCUAAUCUGCACGAGGCCAUUCUCUCUACUCCCAAAGCUAAAUCAUAUCAAUCGGUUUCAGUUGCGCAUGACAAGGAAGGCUAUGUCAAACUGCCAUUGGGAAGCCUAAGUGAGAUAAAAACACUUGCAAUUUUUGGUUUCAUGAAGUAUCUAUCAAAGGGGUGCAUACUUAUGAAGCCCCCUGCCGUGUUUACCCGUCUGGAGAAUUUUUAUCUUGCGAUAUGCUUUUGGGACCAGAGGCAGGUCUUGACAGCAUGUUCAUUGUUACAGAAUGCCCCUAACUUGAAGAAGCUUCACAUUCGGAGUGACCCUUUAAGCACGCGGGAUCAGGAUCAGGUCAGCAUUCAAGGGCUUACCCUGGAAUUGCAAAUGGACCAUCUCAUAACGGCCAGUAUGAUUUUUUUCAAGGGUUUGGACUACGAAGUCGAUUUCUUGGCAAAGCUGUUGAGCUGCACACCUGCUUUAGAAGAAGUGAAAAUAGAGUGGAUGGGCGAAAUGGACCGCAGCAUGGUUCUUACCAAGCUAUUAGCUCUUCCAAGGGUGUCUCCCAGGGCCAAGAUCAUUGUUACAUGAUAAGUAUGCCCCCUCAUCACUUUGCCGAUCUAAUUUGUUGCAGAUAGAAUUAGAUCUUCCAAGGGUGUCUCCCAGGGCCAAGAUCAUUGUUACAUGAUUAGUAUGCCCCCUCAUCACUUUGCCGAUCUAAUUUGUUGCAGAUAGAAUUAUUUUGGCUUUGUUUAUGCGAAUGUACCAGCUAGACCUGGUGGUCAUUUAUGUGUGUGCACUGGACUCAAAUUAUCAGGUAGAGGUAGUGUGUUUUGUUGAACAUUCGGUGGGAGUACUUAAUGUGCUAUCCGCAAGUGUUUUCCAUAUGAAACGCCGCAAACCAGUGCUGUCGUUCCUCAGAUGCAUCAGUUCAGCUCGUCCUGUUUUGUGCC